CUGGGGGCACCUUGGGCCAGGGGCACCCCUACGAACCCCCGAGCUUCAUCGGGAACGUGGAGAAGUUCCAGCUGACGCUCGGGCACGCCUUUCACUCGGAGGUGUUCGGCGAAGGCGUCCUGGCCGACGCCAAGGAGAUCGGCGUCCCCAGGUGCCCCGAGGAGGGGCAGCCCUUCCCGGGGGUGGACAGGCCUCCUGCCCUGACGCGUCGCGGCCGCCAUUUUUGCGGGCCCAGGUCCGUCGGUUUCGGUCCCAGGCCGUUUUCACGAAAGGGAGGUUUGCUAAAGGGAGGUUUGUCCACCGCCGACCUUCCCGCCGAUGUGCCGGGAGACGGCGCCCGGCGACUGGGCGGCGGGCCGAGGCGCUGGCGGCCACGACAGGACGUCCGUGGGCGGCCUGCUGGAGCUGGCAGGGACGACGCUCGACAGCAACAACGACGAAGACGGAUCACCCAGGCGGCAGAGAACCUUUUCGGGAAAGCGGAGUGAAGCUGAGAAUCGACGUGCACUACACCAACCUCGGCUCCUGGCUGGGCAGUUGGGAGAGCCUCGGCUACAGCUACAAGGUGCGGAUCAUCCCAGCGGCGUCGGUGUGGGACGGACUCACGAUCUCGAGCCUCCGGGAGGCGAGAGCCUGGCUGAGCCCCGACAAGCUCAAGGACUUCGGGCAGUACGACCGAGUCCUCGUCUUCGCGGACGGGAUCCAGGUCAGCGCGAAGCUGCACGGCAAGCUGGGCGCGCUGGACAUGACGCAGCUGCUGCUGACGGUCGUCUCCGCGCUGCUGCUCCUCUUCUUCGCGGAGCUCAUCGCGGAGAUGUUGGCCGCGUGCCUCCUUGGGGAAGGGCGGCCCGCCGGCGCAAACCAGCGGCUGGCGGCGGGCGAGCAGCCUGGGGCGUCAUCCUGCACGGCCGCGGCGGUGGCGGAGGACGAGGAGGAGGCGGGCGAGCACCUGCUGAGACGGGCCGAGCACCCCCCGGGCAGCGGAGGCGGGGACGGUCGCUGAGGGAGCGGAGGCGGGCGGCAGCAGGCGCGGCGUCGCACGGCAGCGGAGGUGGAGAGA